CCCCACCCCCUCCGUGGUCCCGGCCCAGCCCACCCCAGCUCAGGCUGUCAGCCGGUGCAGGCUAAUACUAGCUGAUCCCUGCGUUCAGGGAAGGCGGACCUUGGGUCGGACCUGUCGCCCCCAACGCCCGGGCCUGGGUGUUCCCCCCGCCCACGCCUCCCGCCCGCCCGUCGCUACCACCCUUAGCUUCUCAGACUGAGCUCCGCGCUCCGGAGAGGAUUAAAACCCAGGGAGACAGGGGUCUCCUGUUAAGGAUUUGGCUGUGCCAGUGGUCAUCACGGUGGUGGGGGCUACAGCCUUGGACACUCCUCACGUCAGAAGUCAGUGGGCAGGUUGACUGAGCGCUGGCACUUUCCUAGCAUCAACAUGAAUCCCAGGGUCCCAGCCACUCAGAGCUGGUUCAGCAGCCACCCACCCACCACUGAGCCUGACUUGGAACCUGCCACUGAAGGGUCUACCACAGAGACCACCACCCUCAGCCCAGAAACCACAAGCUUCAAUGGCACCAGAAUCCCUGAUAUGGCAGGUGGUGCAGCUGGUGUGGGUACCAUGCUUCUGUCUUUUGGGAUCAUCACAGUGAUUGGCCUGGCUGUGGCCAUGGUUUUAUAUAUCAGGAAGAAGAAGAGGCUGGAGAAGCUACGCCACCAGCUCAUGCCUAUGUACAACUUUGACCCCACGGAGGAGCAAGAUGAAUUGGAGCAGGAACUCCUGGAACAUGGGCGAGAUGCAGCCUCCAUGCAAGCUGCUGCCUCCCUGCAGGCCACACAGGGCAAGAGCACCCUCCCUUCCCAAGGCCCACUGCAGAGGCCCAGCCGGCUGGUGUUUACUGAUGUAGCCAAUGCCAUCCACGCGUGAGUGGCCUGGACCUCUGACAAAGAUACCCGCCACGGUGCGGGCAGCACUGGCUGCCCACUUCCUGACUGUCAAGAUCUAUCUCAGGACCUGAGCCAUCGCCACCACAGGACAGGAAAGGGCUGCAACAGACACCAGCUGUGCUGAGGCCCCACCCACUGACUCAAGCUUGAAGAGAGACCUCUGACCAGGCUAGCCAUCUGGCCACUGACUUCUGAACUGAUGGCCCGGCACGGAAGGCAGCCCUCGUGCAGGAAGGCAAAAAACCACUGCUGGCUUUCUGGUCUCCUGGCCAUACCCCUCACGUCAAGGUCUGCUUCUGAUGGGAAGGAAGGGCACGAGCUUGAAGGGCAAGGGAGAAGAGAGGCAGACUCCCCUCUA